AUGAGCGCACAGGCAGACCCCGCCCAGCGGGUUGCGAUUGGCAUCUCGUUCGGAAACUCGUACAGCUCCAUUGCCUUUACCUCGAGCGAGGGCAAGGCCGAGGUCAUUGCCAACGAGGACGGCGACCGCCAGAUCCCCUCGAUCCUCUCGUACGUCGAGGGCGAGGAGCUGCACGGCGGCCAGGCCAAGAGCCAGCUCGUGCGCAACCCAAAGAACACGGUCGCCUACUUCCGCGACUUCCUGGGCCAAGACUUCAAGUCGAUCGACCCCACCCCCGCCCACCAGUCGGCGCACCCUGUCGACAAGGACAACACAGUCGCCUUCACCAUCCGCGACAGCGAAGCGGACAAGGAGAACACCGUCUCCGUCGGCGACAUCACAGCCCGUCACCUGAAGAGGCUGCGCUCCUCCGCCUCCGACUACCUGGGCAAGGACGUCAACGCCGCCGUCGUCACCGUGCCCACCAACUUCUCCGAUGCCCAGAAGGACGCCCUCAAGACCGCCGCCAAGGACGCCGGCAUCGAGGUCCUGCAGUUCAUCAACGAGGCCACCGCUGCCGUCCUCGCCUACGACGCCCGCCCCGACGCAAAGCUCACCGACAAGAUCCUCGUUGUCGCUGACCUCGGUGGCACCCGCUCCGACGUGACCGUCAUUGCCUCGCGCGGCGGCAUCUACACCAUCCUGGCCGCCGUCCACGACUUCGACGUCAGCGGCUCCAAGCUCGACGCCGUCCUCAUCGACUACUUCGCCAAGGAGUUUGUCAAGAAGCACAAGUCCGCUGGCGACCCCCGUGAGAACGACCGGUCGCUGGCCAAGCUGAAGCUCGAGUGCGAGUCGGUCAAGAAGGCCCUCUCCAUCGGACAGUCGGCCAACUUCUCCGUCGAGAGCUUGGCUGGCGGCGUCGACUUCACCGCCACCAUCAACCGCACACGCUACGACUUGCUCGGAAGCAAGCACUUUGCUGCCUUCGCCCGCCUCGUCUCCCACGCCGUCGAGAAGGCCGAGCUCGACCCCCUCGACAUCUCCGAGAUCAUCCUGGCUGGCGGCAACUCGCACACUCCCAAGGUCGCCUCCGCCGUCGGCGCCGUCUUCCCCGAGUCCACCACCGUUCUGGCCCCCUCUACCUCGUCGAUUGCCCUCAACCCUUCAGAGCUCGCUGUCCGCGGUGCCGCUAUCCAGGCCAGCCUGAUCCAGGAGUUCGAGGCCGACGACAUUGAGCAGAGCCUGCACCCCAUGGUCACCGUCACACCGCACCUCGCGACCGCCAUCGGUGUGCUCUGCAUCUCGGGCGACGAGUCCAACGGCGUCUUCCACGCCAUUGUCGACGCCGAGACACCCCUGCCCGUCCGCCGUACCGCAACCAUCACAACACCAAGGGAAGGCGGCGACGUUCUCAUCAAGCUCGUCGAGGGCUCGCGACACAUCAAGGUCACCAAGCCCGAGCCCAAGCCCAAGGCCGAAAAGGCCGCCGACGACAGCGACGACGACGACGACAGCGACGACGACGACGAGGAGGAGCUGCGGGAGAAGACGUGGAAGAUUGGCUCCGCCCUCAGCGAGGCCGCUCUCCGCGGCGUCAAGAAGGGCGCCAAGGUCGAGGUCCAGAUCAACGUUGCAAACGACUUGAGCGUCACCGCCCUGUUCCGCGAAGUCGGCGGGAAAGGCGGCGUCCGCGGCCAGGUGCAGGGGAAAGCCAGCUAG